UUUGUUCAGGGGGGCGGUGUGGCGAGGGGUCAGGAGUCAGGGGUCACGCCGUGGGGGGUGGGGGGUGUUCAUGCAGCAUGGCGGGAAGCGCCGGUCGCACUGCGAGGAGAAGGCGGCGGAGAUCGCGGGCUACCGCGGGUGGUUCGGCCACGCCGGCUUCUCCCGCGGCCACGCCGGCUUCUCCCGCGGCCACGCCGAGCCCGAGUGGCGCGUCCCUGGGACCAGACCCGCGCCACGUGGAGCUGCGACGAUGGAUGCGCCGUCGCGGAUUCGGCCGCUGCAGCCUGCAGGCCGCGGUGUGGCCGGACACAGGGCGAGGGCUUAUGGCGAGGAGACAUUUCCAGCCAGGCGAUGUCAUUAUCUCUGUUCCUGAGCGAUGCCUUCUCACAGCCAGCACCGUGCUGGACACCUACCUCGGGCGCUACCUGCGUGAGUGCAGUGGGAGUGUGACUGCACUGCAAGCGCUGUGCGUGUUCCUCAUCUGUGAAAGGUUCUUCUCUCAAAGCAAGAUCUGCUUGCCUUUGGCGCGUGAUGGGGACCCCGCCUUGCAGCAGCAGCAGCAGCAGCCGGGACAGUGGGGCCCGUACAUCGCCGUGCUCCCUGCAUCGUACUCGUGCCCCGCGUACUUCUCCAGCGAGGAGAGAUCGGCUCUCCCCGCACCCCUCCGUCAGGAGGCCGAGGCUCAGGUGGCAGCGCUGCUGCAGGACUGGCGCGGCACCCGGCCGCUCGUCCGCCUGCUCCAGUCGCUCUUCCCAGAGCCCGUGAGUCGCGUGUUCUGCAAGGACGCGUUCCGCUGGGCGUGGUGCAGCGUGAACACGCGGGCCGUGUACCUCCCUGCCCAGCCCUGCCCUACCCUGGCCGGGGGCACGGGGAGCCUCGCCCUCGCACCCAUACUUGACCUUCUGAACCACCACCCCUCCGCAAAGGUCAGGAACCUGACACAAAAAAAAAAGAAUCGGCAGCACGGGACAAAUGUUGGCGUUUGGCAAGAUGAAAAGGAUGCACUGGCGGUUCGUGCUGCGGUCGGCGGCAGGUCACGGCGGGUUUUCAACGAGGCGACGCGGGAGUACGAGGUGCGUGCUGGGCAGACGCACGCACGCCACUCGCAGGUGUUCAUUUGCUAUGGGCCUCACGACAGCCAGAGCUUGCUGCUGCACUACGGCUUCGUGUGCGAUGCCAAUCCCCAUGACGUCGUCUACGCCACUGUCGAUGACGUGUUGGGUGUGGUAUGUGGCCCGAGUACUGCCGCUGAGUGGAAGUUGACCCUUCUGCAAAAGAGGGACCUCACCAGGAACCUGACAUUUGGAGUGGACGGUCCCUCGUGGAGGCUGCUCACAGCCAUAGGGAUUCUCUGCCUUCCUUCACACAAGACCCACCUGGUCUCGGAUGUGAUCGUCGGCCGAGGGAGCAUGCAAGAGGAGACGCAGGAGCUGGCGCUGAGGCUUUGCUGCUGCUUGGAGCAAGCACGGAGGAUGACCAUCGCCAGGAUGUCGCCCGGCUCGGGGGAACCGGCGCAGCUUCUGCUCCAACUCCUAACUCAAGAGCUGUGCAUCCUGGUCUCGGCUCGCAGUGCGAUGCAGCGUCAACAGCAAACAGUACAAGCUACAGCAACCACAGAUACAACAGCACAAGCAACAGCAAGCACAGAAACAACCACAGAAACAACCACAGAUACAACAGCAACCACAGAUACAACAGCACAAGCGACAGCAACGACAGAUGCAACAGCAACCACAGAUAAAACAGAUACAACAGCACAAGCAACAGCAACCACAGAAACAACAGCAACCACAGAUAUAACAGCACAAGCGACAGCAACCACAGAUACAACACCACAAGCAACAGCAACCACAGAAGCAACCACAGAUACAACAGCAACCACAGAUAUAACAGCACAAGCGACAGCAACCACAGAUGCAACAGCAACCACAGAUAAAACAGAUACAACAGCACAAGCGACAACAACCACAGAUACAACAGCACAAUCUACAGCAAUCACAGAUACAACAGCAACCACAGCUGCAACAGCAACUACAGAUACAACAGAAAAAAACAACCACAGAUACAACAGCUAAAUAUGCAACAGCACAAGCGACAGCAAGAAGAGAUACAUCAGUACAAGUGAAAGCAACCACAGAU